AUGCAACGAGCACACUCGGCGGUGGAUUUUUCCAACCUGCUGAACCCGACCGCCCUGGGCGACGACAGGUCCCUCCACGGCGCCGAAAUGGCCAGCGCUACCGUCACCGUCAUCAAGCCCAACGGGCCUCUGCCCGGCGCCCAGGCCGCCGCAGAGCAGUCGACGGAGCUCCCUCGCCCCUACAAGUGCCCGCUGUGCGACAAGGCCUUCCAUCGCCUCGAGCACCAGACGCGCCACAUUCGCACGCACACGGGCGAGAAGCCCCAUGCCUGCCAGUUCCCCGGCUGCAGCAAGAAGUUCUCGCGCUCCGACGAGCUCACCCGCCACUCGCGCAUCCACAACAACCCCAACUCGAGGCGCGGCAACAAGGCCCAGCACCACCACCACCACCAUCACCACCAGCAGCUGCACCACCACCAGGGCCUGCCUCUGCACAUGCACCCCGAGGCCCUGAUGGCUCCUCCGCCCGCCCCCAAGGCCAUCCGCUCGGCUCCCACCUCGGCCCUGGGCUCGCCCAACGUGUCCCCGCCGCACUCGUACGCCUCCUUCGCCCAUCACCCGCCCCCGACGGUGCACCCCUACGGCCGCGCCGGCGACAUCUCCAUGCUGGCCAAGGCCGCCUCCCAGGCCGAGCGGGAAACGCUCGCCGCUCCCCCGCACCACCACGGCCCCUCCCGGCACCACCCCUACCUCGCCCACGGCGUCCACCUCGCCACCCGCAGCCACCCGCCAGGCUUGUCGUCGUAUCACAUGUCGCGCUCCCACUCCAACGAGGACCCCAACGACGACCACUACAACGGCUCGCUCCGGCACGCAAAGCGCUCGAGGCCCAACUCGCCCAACUCGACUGCCCCCUCGUCGCCCACCUUUUCCCACGACUCGCUGUCGCCGACGCCAGACCACACGCCCAUUGCCACGCCGGCGCACUCGCCGCGCCUCCGCCCCUUUUCCGGCUACGAGCUGCCCAGUCUGCGCAACCUCUCCCUGCACCCCAACACGACGCCCGCCCUGGCUCCCCUUGAACCGCACCCCGAGACCCCGCAGUUCCCGCCCACGCUGGGAGGCAACCCCCCCCGCAGCACGGGCAUGUCCCUGACGGACAUCCUCAGCCGCCCCGACGGCAGCCAGCGCAAGCUGCCCGUGCCCCAAGUCCCCAAGGUGGCGGUUCACGACCUGCUCUCGGACCACGCCUUCAGCAACAGCGGGCGGAGCUCUGCCACAGGCAGCCUUGCCGGAGGAGAUCUCACGGACCGCGUUUAG